AAGCUUGAGACCAACGCAUUGACUUAUGCUUUUCUCUCAUUUGAAGAUCCGAGUCAUACCAAAGAUCGCCGAGUCAACUAGGAAUAUGUGCAAAUCAACGUUAUAUUUGUUUUUUAUAUUUGCCACUCCAUUCGUUUUGUAUCGCUGUAUUUUCUCCCUCUCAAUGUCUUCGUCUUGGUCUUCUUCCGCUUCCAAAGCCGAUGCUGAAACUCUCCGCCGUAAACGAAUUAACUCUAGCAAGCUCUAUUUCCACGUAAUUCCUUCCAAGGUUCCGAUUAUCUACUCGUCUUACUACGAUAUCAGUUUCCUUGGAAUUGAGAAACUGCAUCCAUUUGAUUCUUCAAAAUGGGGCCGAGUAUGCCGGUUCCUCAUUUCUGAAGGUCACCUGCAGAAAAAUUCUAUUGUUGAGCCACAGGAAGCUUCAAGAGAUGAUCUGCUUGUGGUGCAUAUGGAAGCAUACCUGAAUAGCUUGAAGAGCAGCAUGAAUGUUGCCAUGAUAGCUGAGGUUCCUCCAAUAGCAAUAUUGCCCAAUUUUUUGGUUCAGAUGAAAGUUCUUUCUCCCUUCCGCAAGCAGGUGGGUGGAACUAUUUUGGCGGCAAAGCUUGCAAAGGAUCAAGGAUGGGCUAUCAAUGUUGGGGGAGGGUUUCAUCAUUGUUCUAGUGGAAGGGGAGGUGGAUUUUGUGCAUAUGCGGACAUUUCUCUUUGCAUUCAUUUUGCUUUUGUUCGGUUAGAUAUAUCAAGGGUGAUGAUAAUUGAUCUAGAUGCACAUCAAGGAAAUGGUCAUGAAACGGAUUUUGCGAAUGAUGGGCGUGUAUAUAUUCUGGAUAUGUACAACCCUGAAAUAUACCCAUUUGAUAUGGAAGCAAGGAAUUAUAUCACGCAGAAGGUUGAAAUAGUGAGUGGGACAACAACAGAUAAGUACUUGAAGGAAUUAGAUAAAGCGCUUGAGGAAGCUAGGCGUAAUUUUGCCCCUGAGUUAAUUGUUUACAAUGCGGGCACCGAUAUCCUUGAUGGAGAUCCACUUGGUGGGUUAAAGGUUAUGCCAGAUGGGGUAGUCCAAAGAGAUGAGAAGGUCUUCAGGUUUGCUCGGGAGAGAAGUAUCCCUCUUGUCAUGGUCACUUCAGGUGGCUAUAUGAAAUCGAGUGCCAGAGUCAUAGCAGAUUCCAUAAUAAACCUAUCAAGGAAAGGAUUGAUAGAUAUAACAAGUCGCCAACGAAGAAGAUAAAUGACAUAAGGUCCCCUUUUACUACUAUAACAGUCCAGUUCCCCUGAAGAAUUUCAAGGCAUGAAUGCUGGGUUCCUUGCACAAAAAUGAAACGAGUUUGUGACUGGACGUCAUCCUUCUGAGUAAGCAAGCAACAAGGGUGAGAAAAUUAGGAGACAGAAGUGUGAGUUUUAUGUAGCAAAAAUGCACAUAGGAGCUUGAAUAUGUCUUGGUAGUUCUUCGCGCAAGUAGUUAACCUUGCGGUUGUGUCUAAUAUUAACGGCUAUGACCCAAAGAUUGGUUAAGAUUAUAGAAGGUUGUAAUGUUUAUAAUUUUGCAUGGGAUUAGCUUUGCCCCCUACUUGUCUUCCUUGCCCCUUAGGAUUAACUGAACAAGUGAUAAAUGAAGAAACUUCUUUGAUAUAUCUAAAAGCUUGUAAUAUUUACAAAGAAAACGUAAUAUAAGCUCAUUUUAGUGGGCGGUCGGUCCAUUUGCCUGCCGC